CGGGUCUGUAUCCGUGUCUUCAUCGGAAGUCUGAUCAAUGAUAGGUGCGGUGACUUCUCCAGUGGGAAGUAGGUUGCUUCUUGAUGUAAUGAGUCAUCCUGUGAUAAUGUCAGCUUCUGAUUCUUUUAAGAAUCUUGAGGAACUGAAUGUUUCUUUCGGUGAAAGGGAUUCUGAGAGCUCAACAAAAGACAGAUAUGUUUACGUAUUCCAAAGAGAAUUUGCUGUUGUGAAUCCAGCGCUUGUUGAUUUUGUUGGUACCGAUGAAGCAACAACUUGCGUAGGGCUUGUUAUCCGCAACAGAAAAUCUGGAAUGACGUCUAUUGCACACAUGGAUUCGCCAGAAAUUGUGGAUUUGGGGUUAAGUCAGAUGUUAUCAUUGGCUUUAGAGGACGACGAUGCUGAGUUAGAUGUACAUUAUCUCCCUCCUUUAGAUUACCAAGUGUCUUUGAGCUAAUGGAAAUUAUUCAGUAUUUUAUUUGGAGUGGUUUUGUAAUAUGUCCACGACUUUGUAUGCAGGUUGCAAGAUACUGAAUAUAGAGCUUACUUUUACCUCAGCUAGGGUUUGUGUUUGUUGUACCUUUACUUGCUUUUUGUCAUUUCAAAGUGUCAAAGCUAUAAAAUGGUGCUUAGCUUUUGUGUUCCUUGAUGCAGCUGAUUAAAGAAUUUUAGUUGUU